GUCAGUCAAGUUUAGGUUUCAGUCAAGAUCAGUCAGAGAUCAGAGCCAUGGCGAAGAUAGAGAACCCUAACGAGAGUCUUGUUAUCCCUAAAUGGUUAAACGAAGACAAGUUCAAGGUCCUGCUGGCCAAAGAUGAGCCAAAUUAUAAUAAAAUUGUACAGUUUACAGCUGUGGCUGCCAUCCCGCCAGGCAGUAAUUUCACCUCAAUUUUGGCACGCGUCUAUUUGGACUUGGAACUAAAGGAUGGUAGCCUUAAGAGACAGAGCUAUGUAGUCAAGACCACCCUCGAGUUGGACAAAGGUGGAAGGGUCGUCGAGGAGUUUCGGUAUUUCCAAAAGGAGCAGCAAAUGUACUCCACUUAUUUACCCGCCUUUGAGCAGCUCUAUCGCGAGGCUGGACAUCCCAUUCAACUGGUGCCCAAGUGUUUGGAAAUUGGAGAAAUGGAUGGCUACCUGUACUUCAUAUUUGAGGAUCUGUCAUCGCAGGAAUUCGUAACUGUGGAUCGCAGCAAGGGUUUGGAUAUGGAACACAUGAACAUGAGUCUUCGUAAGCUGGCGGAGCUCCAUGCCGCCAGUGUUGUGUACGAGGAUCGGCAUGGACCGUAUUCCAUCGACUUUGAGCAUGGCUUCGCACAUAAGGAUAAUACAGAGCACAGCAGACGAGGAUUCGAUGCAAAGGUCAAGGAAUACAAGGCAGCCAUGUUGACCUGGGGAAUUGAGGAGAGAUGUUUAAAGAAUUUCCCCACUCCUCAGCAGUACAUUCAAAUGAGUUUGGAAUCCCUGAAAACCGAUGCCAAUGGCUUUAAUGUUCUCACUCAUGGCGAUUUUUGGUCCAGCAAUAUCCUCUUUAAGUACAAUUCGAAUAACAAUUUGGAUAAAGCUCUUCUCUUGGAUUUUCAGCACUGCAAAUGGGGUAGUCCUGCCCAGGACCUGCUCUUCAUCAUCACCAUUUCAGCCAGCAGGGAAUUGCGCCUCAAGGAAUAUGAGAAUUUUGUGAGGAUCUAUUGGGAACAUCUCAUCGAUUGUUUGGCUAUACUAAGCCACAAGAAAUUGGUGCCCCAACUGCGGGAUUUGAACGCUGCCCUCUACAAAAAGAACAAUACUUUUUACGCUUUCUUUCCGGUGAUGGGUCAUUUAUCUACCGUUUUGCUGCCGACCGAUAAGGAUAGCAAUCUGCACACCCUCAUGUCCCAGGACGAUGCUGGCAGGAGUCUUCGAACUCGUCUCUAUACGAAUCCGGCAUUUGUGGAUGUCAUCAAAGAGGUGUAUCCCUUUUACUGCAACCGGGGACUGUUCAACUUCGUUGACUACGAUUGAAUACCGAUCGAUGCAGUUUUCAUUCUUUCCAUUGAAUAAAUUUGUGUGAACAUUGAA